AUGGAGUAUGGAUCGGGAUCCAAGCGGAAACACACAACACUAUUAUUGGCGGACAAAUUAAAAAUUAUUGAAGAGGCAGUGUCGGGAGGAAUGUCCCAUGAACAGAUCGGCAUGAAGUAUAGAGUUGGAAAGUCAUCUGUCAGCAGGUUCAUCAAAAAUAAAACGGCGAUCCAGAUUGCAGUGGAGAAAUAUAGAGAAUAUGGAGCGGAGAAGCGGAGGACUCUGAAGGAACAGCAUUUCCCGUUGAUGGAGGAAGCAUUGUUUAUUUGGAUUUUGCAGCAAAGGGAAGUGAAUAUCAUUGUUCCGGCGGAUAUCAUGCGGGCAAAAGCAGAUUCUCUGUUCAAAGCAUUUCAGGAACAUGAUUGCUACACGGAAAAUACGUUUCUCGCUUCCAACGGCUGGGCUCGUCGAUUCAAGGAACGCUUUAGCUUGCCAAUGGCGGAUGAAAAAGCAGCUUCUGGUCGGAAACUCAACCGAACCAGGUAUACAUUCAUGCCCUGUGCUAAUCUUGACGGUUCCCUUAAACUCAAGCUGAUGUAUAUCGGAAAAUCGGAAAAUCCUCGAGAUCUCCCACGCUUACCAGCUUCGUACUAUUCCUCGAAAAAAGCAUGUAUGACACGCAUAUUGUUCCGAAAAUGGUUUGAGGAAGAAUUUGUACCAGCUGUAAGAAAGUUCUGUCAAGAAAAAAGUCUUGAGCCAAAAGCGCUAUUGGUUUUGGACAAUUGUUCGGCGCACCAUGAUGGUUGCGACUUAAAGAGUGAUGAUGGUUUAAUUCAGGUGAUCUAUCUUCCACCCAACGUCACCAGUGAAUGCCAACCGAUGGAUCGGGCGGACUAUCCGACACAAGAAGAUGCGGAUUGUAUAAAAUCGCUCAUAGCAGAAGUUGACAAGAUGGUUGGAACGCAGACCAGUGAAAGUGAUGUGAAACGAUGGUUGAAUGACCUAGUUAUAGACUCUGAGGGAAAUGUGCUGUGUGGAACGAGUCAGGUAUACACCGACGUUGAGAUUGUAACUGGCGUUCUCCGUGGUUUCGAUGAAUCAGUCUGCAUGCAAGAAGAGUGGCUAAACGACACCGACGAGAGUGCUUCAGGCAACGUAUCCGGAUCUGAGCUAAUGACAGUCGAUGAGGAACCGACAACAAAGCAGGAUUUCGCUAAUGUACUGCAAUCACUUGAUAAGGUCAUUCAGUACGUAGAAAACGAUGUUUCGGAGGUUACGCGACUCAAAUCCUUGAGAACUAAGCUGAUUGAAGCUGAGUGGCAAAAGCAAAACCUGUAA